GUUUCAUUAUAUGUUGUUUAUGAUGUUACUUGUCAUACUGAAAAAUUCACAGGCUUUAACACCAGAGAUAAAGUCGAUGCAUAUAACAUCGGAUAUUUACUUCAGGUUUGCAACAACUGUAGUUGAAGCUAAGAUCCUUAACGUCAAUAAUGAAGCUUCGGAGGUCUUGUUUGACGUGACUUUACCAGACGCAGCAUUCAUAACGGCCUUUACAAUGGAAAUUGGAGGCAGAAGGUAUGCUGGAGAUGUAAAGGAGAAAGAAAAGGCAAAGCAACAGUUUGAAGAAGCAAAGAGUCGUGGUGAAAGUGCUGGACACAUCGCUGCUGCUCCCAGAACUUCAAACAAGUUUAACAUUCUUGUAAACAUCCAGAAAAAUGCAUUGGUUGUGUUUAAACUGAAAUAUCAAGAAUUGCUGACACGAACCCUUGGCUCAUAUCAUCACGUGAUUUAUGUAGAUCCUGGACAACCGAUAGAAGAUUUUGAAAUAAAAGUAUUAAUAAGUGAAUCCAGAGAUAUUGUAAAUCUAUCAGUGCCUCCAUUAGAGGGCGACAUUGAAAUAGAUAUAAGUAAAUAUGUAAAUAUAAAACAAAUCUCUCCUUCGAGGUACGAUAUAAGAUAUGCACCAAGUCUUGAUGAACAAAAGGCCAUGUCAAAACAAGGUAUAUCAGGACAGUUCAAAGUAAAAUAUGACGUGUCCAGGGACAAAGAUGCAGGUGAUGUUCUGAUUGUCAAUGGAUAUUUCGUUCAUUUAUUUGCUCCUACGGAUAUAGAACCACUCCCAAAGGAUGUAAUGUUUGUCCUAGACAGAAGUGGAUCUAUGUCGGGACGUAAGAUAGAGCAACUGAAAAAUGCAAUGGCCGUAAUCCUAAAAGAUAUGAAACCAGAAGAUAGACUAAACAUUUUGUUCUUCGACGACAAAUUUGAUUGGUUAGCAGACAAUACAAUGUUGGAAGGAACAAUGGUAAACUUUGAUAAAGCUAGGAGAUUUGUGAAGGCAAUCACAGCAAGAGGAGGCACAGACAUCAACCAAGCCGUAACAGAUGGAAUAAAGCUGUUGACCAGUUUCCUCACUACUAAAACAUCUUCCAUCGUAAUGUUUUUGACUGAUGGAGCUCCAACCUCUGGAGAAACAAACAUUAACUCAAUCUUGAGGAACGUUGGAACAAAAAAUGAAGCAAAAUUUCCUAUAUUCAGUUUAGGUUUUGGAAAUAAUGUUAAUCUCAAUUUUCUUAAAAAGAUGUCUACACAAAACAAUGGAUUUGCGCGAAAAAUUUACGAAGAUUCGGAUGCUGCUUUGCAGAUUGAAGGAUUAUAUUCGGAAAUAUCAUCCGCUCUUUUAAAAAAUGUUACGUUCGAAUAUUUGGGAGAUAUUGAUUAUGGUACAAUUACAAAAUUUUAUUUUCCAUUCUACUUUGGUGGUUCAGAAUUGAUAGUUGCUGGGCGAUUGAAAUCGAAAAAUUCAAAAAUUGAACCACGAGUUAGAGGUUGGAAUGAUGGUUACAUAGAUUUGAUUUGGAGACCUAGACCUGUUCCAGAUCUUGUUGCAUUAACGACGGAUGCUGACUUUUCAACAAUAACAGAAAACAUGUGGGCAUAUUUGACAAUUAAACAAUUAAUAAGGGAAUUAGAAGGUGAUAUAACAAGCACAGACAAGGAUCGUAUCAAAGCUAAGAUUAUAGAUUUGGCAUUAAAAUACCAGUUUGUAACACCCUUCACCUCUAUGGUUGUCACAGCGCCAAAUCUACGCCGGCCAACGCCACAACUAAGUCGAACAGGACUACAAGGAAAUUCUGGUUUUGGUAGACUUGGCAGCAUGGCACAGUUAAUGCGCGGACCAGGAGGUCCAAGAGGCCCAGGAGGUCCAAUGAUGGCUCCUGCAAUGUUCGUUCCUACAUUUCCGCAAACUACCGCAUUAUCUACUACUACCACAUCGGCUACAUUUCUUUGUAUCUUUAAAGAACGGGCAUCACCUGAUAUUUUCAUAUACAUGAAAGGAUCGAAACGGCCUUUGUGCAUGGACAUGAAUUUCAUUGGUGGCAAGUACGUGUUGCUAGAAGACAAAGACAAAUCGCUAACCGUAAUCUUUAAUGUGUGUACAACGUCAGGAAACAGUAAAAAUAUGAUCGGAUAUAUCGAAGAAGUUAUAAUUAAAAACGGUAAAAACGAAGUAAAAUUAGAUAGCGAAGGAACAGAGACAGAUAAAUGGUCAUCCAUUGGAUACAGAUAUACAAACACAUUCAGCAGAUAUAACAUUACAUUCAAUAUUCUACCAUCAAGAGAUGGGAAGAGUCUACAGAUUGAUGUCAAAGUAGGGCAAAGCAAAGUCGUUGGUGCUAAAGGACUAUUAGGGACAUAUGUACCCAUAUUUGAAUGA